UCCUCACCCAGGAUACUUUUUUUGGAGAGGGCGGCAGAAGUGGCCUGGCUCCUGAACACCACCAGUCCGCUCUGCGCCUUUAUUCACUCCUGUUAGUUUGUUUUUAUUUCCCCUUUUUAAAUUACUUUUUAUCCAAGUGAGUUUGGUGGUUCAUGUUCACAAAUGUUAGCGGUCGGGCAGAUGGAGGCUAACCGGCAGAGUGCUUUCGUUCUGGGCAGCACCCCGCUGGCGGCGUUGCACAACAUGACCGAGAUGAAGACGUCCCUGUUCCCGUACGCGCUGCAGCAGAACCCGGGGGGCUUCAAGGCGCCCUCGCUCUCCAACCUAAACUCCCAUAUCACCAUGGGGACCCCGCACGGAAUAAGCGACAUCCUGGGGAGACCCAUCACCACGGCCGGACAGCUGCUCUCCGGGUUCCCCAGGAUAAACGGCCUGGCGACCACCGCGGCCGCCGCCGCCGCGGGGAUGUACUUCAGCCCGGCGGUGUCGCGGUACCCGAAGCCCCUGGCCGAGCUGCCGGGGAGGGCGCCCAUCUUCUGGCCCGGGGUGAUGCAGGGUUCUCCCUGGAGGGACCCGCGGGUUCCCUGUCCAUCUCAAGCUAAUUUAAUGAUGGACAAGGACGGCAAGAAGAAGCACUCCAGACCCACUUUUUCAGGACAGCAGAUCUUUGCUCUGGAAAAAACUUUCGAGCAGACGAAAUACCUGGCCGGCCCAGAGAGAGCCCGCCUGGCCUACUCUUUAGGAAUGACCGAGAGCCAAGUGAAGAAAAACGAGCUGAGGGAAUCCCUGUUGGUGAGCUCCAGCACUAUACCAGCGCACUAA